CGACAUCAUGUGGACGGCGCGCGUGGAAGGCGGACCAUGCUGCACCCAGCACGCGGCAGUGGCCAUCGGUGACGAGGUGUACUCGUUCGGCGGUUACUGCGCCGAAGAGAUGAACACAACGCGACGGCCCAUGGACGUGCACAUACUCAACACCGGCUCUCUCCGGUGGACGCUGAUCCCGGUGCAGAGCAACCUGGAGAACGUGCCCUUCCAGCGGUUCGGCCACACGGUGGUUGGGCACGGCGAGUACGCCUACCUCUGGGGAGGACGAAACGAGGACGGUGCCUGCAGCAUCGUCUACCGCUUCGACACCUCGUCGCUGACGUGGCUUCGUCCUCGCACCACGGGCGAGACCCCGGCAGCGCGCGAGGGCCACUCGGCGUGCGUGGUGGGCAGCCGCAUGUACGUGUUCGGCGGCGUCGAGGACGAUGCCAACCGGGUGUCGCAGGACGUGCACGUGCUCGACCUGGACACCAUGCACUGGCGAUUCCUGGCCACCAGGGGCAAUGCGCCGGAGUGGCGCAGCUUCCACUCUGCGGUGGCCAUCGGUCGGCGCAUGUACGUGUGGGGUGGCAGGCGCAGCCCGACAGACACCCACGAAGACGAAGAGGUGGCCUACUGCGACCAGCUCGCCUACCUGGACACUACCAACGGCGCCUGGGUGCACCCGGUCACCAAGGGCACCAUGCCUCCGGGACGGUGCAGCCACGCCGCCUUCGUCUACAAAGGCGAGAUGUACGUGUGCGGCGGCUACAACGGUCUCCUGGGAACAUUCUUCGGAGACAUGUACAAAUACAGCCCAGAGUGCUCCCUGUGGAGCCAGGUGAAGCUCCUGCGCAAGGGGCCCACCGCCAGGCGGGGACACCGAUGUUGCCUGGUCGACAACCGACUGUUCCUGUUCGGGGGAACCAGUCCGGUGUCGAGCAAGGGCAACAUCGUGGAAAGGUAUCGCGGUUCCAGCGACGCCGCAACCCUCGUGGAGCACUCGGACCUACACGUCCUGGACUUCGCGCCUUCGCUGAAGACGCUAUGCCUACUCGUGCUGAUCGACUGUCGCAUGGACAUCAGCCACCUUCCCGACGAAAACAAGCAAGUCACGCACGCUUGA